UAGAAUCCAAAGACAAAACUAUUGCUUUUUGGGCUUAUAAAUUGCAGACAUCAUUUGCUCUUAACUCUGCAAAUCAUCUUUCUAUCUUCACGUGCUCUCUGUUUGCUCUUGUUCUUUAGCUCUGCAAAUCUUAUCUACCCAUUACUGCUUCUGCUUCUGCUACCUCUUUUUUUCCCCUUUUAGUGUCUUUUCUUUGGAGGUCGUUAUAGUUUCUUAAAGAAACAGUACAGUUUUGUUAGUUGGUUGACAGAAGAGUUUGGUUAAGGUAUCUGUUGUCUUAAUUAUUAGGUAUAUUUCAUGGAAAACAAGAGACAACAGAGUGGUGCUUCUUCUUUUGAUCAUCUCUUUGGUCCUAAAGAUUCUUCUUCUGCUUCUUCUUCUUCAAGUGUUUUUGGGUCUAUUUUCUCUUCUCCAUCAACGGGGCUGGGGAGGGACUCUUCAGGGAUCAUGGGAAAUCAAGGUGGCGGAGGCAAAUAUGGGAAUCCAGGUAAUUCUUCUCAAAGCAACAAGGCAGGCAGCAGCACUGGCAUACUUGGCAAAGAUGCAAGUUCUAUCUAUCAAAAUGAGACAGCAGAACCUUGUUAUUUCAGCUCAUCUAUCUAUUAUGGUGGCCAAGAGAAUUAUUCUCCCAGGACCAAUAACCCUGAAUCUCAUCAUAGUUUGAAGAAAGAUGAUAAAAGUGAUGAUUCCAAUGGCAACAAUUCAAACAGUGCUUCAAGAGGGAAUUGGUGGCAGGGUUCACUCUACUACUAGCUUUAGCCCCAUAAUAUGAAAAAUUAGCAUCUAUAAGCUAAGGAAUGAUGACUAUGAUCUUCCUCAAUACUAUGGAAAUAAGAAGAUAAAUAUAUUAGACUAUAUUAGAGAGGGAGUUGAGGCUUUAUGUAUUGGUAUUGUAGGACUCUUUGCGGUCUCAGGCUUAGUCUGAUAUAACUGUAUCAAAGUUGAACUUGAAGGUUCAACUCUCUCGAUCUCCUUCCCCUUUUAACUCUAGCUGGGUAAAAAAAUGUCCUAACUAAUGUUUUACACAGUAUAUGAUGUUUUGUUUUAAAGAGUUUGAUAAAGUAAGAGCUAAAUCUCUCUCUCUC